AGUCACCCCAGAGGUACUAUGUGUUUGAAUAUAUUAUCACUUCGAAUAUUUAUGUUAAUAUUUACAUUCUAUUUCAGACAGCUUUUCUUUUUUUAUUUACUUAAAAUAUACAUAAUAUUUCAUUAAAUUCAGAUACAUAUUGAACAGUUGCAAGAUGCGAUAAAACUUUAAAUAUUGUAUUGCAGAAAAAGAAUUCUUUUAAGAUACGUUGCAAUUUAUAAUGCAGAACAUCCUUUCAAUAUUCUUGAUACAUGUAUGAAAUAUUAUAUUUUUCUGAAAAGGAAGAUAAGUCUCUAUUGGAUGUUUAUCUGCAAUGCGUUCGUCAUAAUAUUAAUAUUUUUUUCAAAUAUCGAUGAGUGGUACAACAGUAGUAAUACAUUUCUUUGUUUUAGAUGAAGUUGUUCUUCCUCACCGUAACAAUCUUCUGCCUCUGUGAACUAUUUCCCCAGUCGGAGGCUGUUUCCUCUCAUUGUGGUUAUCAUGCUUUGAAUCACUACUACACCACGCGUUGUAACUCUACGUACUGCACUAAGUACUACAAAGUCAAAUACGGAUACUGCUCAUCUUCUGGGUAUCUACAAUAUGAGGUGAACGUGUACUAUAAUGGUAGACAGCUUUAUUAUUACAUCACAUAUUACAGAAAUGGCAAGAGAGCACUAGACGCAGGAAAAGAAGCCCUGGAAAAAAUCAAAAUAGCGAGAAGAAGCACCAACGAGAAGAAAUCUGUGAAAACAGUGCAGGCUGAAGAGUAUGGCACCAUAUUGCAAAAACUUGGUGGUAAAGUCGUUCGCAGUGGCGCAAAAAGUCUCAAAGGCUUAACCACUGAUAUUGAUCAAUAAAACCAGGCACAGAAACAAGAUUAUUGAACAGUGUGUUCUUUCCUAGUUAUUCCUUUUAAUGAAAUAAACAAUUGCAAAUUAUGAA